CUAAAACACAGAAGAGGUCUGCCAAUGUAAAUGAAAGAAAGGAUAGAGUUAAGCAGGCUCUAAUUCCUAAAACAAUAACGGUUGAUUUUGUUAGUAACGAGAAUGGAUUGACAAAGAAUGACCUAUUUUUUUUUGUUAGGGUCAGUUUGGGUUUGGUUUUUUCCCUCAGUUUGUUUCUGAGAAUUGGGCCAAAAGAAAAAGAAGAAAAUUGGUAUUUGCUUUAUUGAAGCUGCAAUUGACGGUUGUGCAAUAUUAAGCUGUGUCAAUCAGGCAAAUAAAGGAAAAAACCCUGACAUAAAAAUGGCUUGCUUCAGUUGCAUUUCACUCUCUCUUAGGUUCCAAGCCUGGAAAAUGCAGCUUUUGUUACUAGUCAGCUUUCUGUUUUUCUGCAGUCCCCAAGUCUGGGCAAGAGAGAGGCACUACUAUAUUGGGAUUGUUGAAAUAGCUUGGAACUAUGCUCCCAUCAGUGAUGAGAAGAAAUCGAAUUUUGAAGACUUAGAACCUGAAUCCCAAUUUUAUCUUCAAAGAGGGCCAGACAGAAUAGGAAGUACAUAUAAGAAAGCCAGUUAUGUUCAGUAUACUGACAACCUCUUCACAAGGACAAUUGAAAAACCAUCUUGGUUGGGGUAUGUUGGCCCUAUUAUUCGGGCAGAGACUGGAGACAAAAUUAUCGUGCAUGUAAGAAACUUUGCUUCCCGAGCCUACACUUUCCAUGCACAUGGGGUGACCUACUAUAAAGACCAUGAAGGUGCUGUCUAUCCUGACAAUACCACGGGCCUGCUCACGGACGAUGACAAAAUACAACCAGGAGGGCAAUAUACGUAUGAAUUACUUGCCGAUGAAAACCAAGCCCCUGGUUUUGGGGACAGUAAUUGUAUGUCCAGGAUUUACCACUCACAUAUAGACGCCCCAAGAGACAUCGCCUCUGGACUCAUUGGCCCUUUGAUAGUCUGCAAAAAAGAUACAUUGGAUGAUGAGAAGGAAAAAAAUAUUGAUAAAGAGUUUGUCGCGAUGUUUUCUGUGGUGGAUGAAAAUAUGAGUUGGUAUUUAGAGGAGAACAUUAAGACCUACUGCUCCAGAGAAGUUGAAAAAGACAAGGAAGAUUUCCAAGAAAGCAAUCAGAUGUACUCUAUAAAUGGCUAUGCCUUUGGAAGCCUCCCAGGGUUCACCAUGUGUGCAGAAGACAAGGUGAAGUGGUACCUUUUUGGCAUGGGUAAUGAAAUUGAUGUGCAUGCUGCUUUUUUCCACGGGCAAGUAUUGACUAAUCAGAAUCAUCGAGUUGAUACUAUCAAUCUAUUUCCUGCCACGCUGGUUGACGCCUUAAUGGUGGCAAAGAACCCCGGAGAAUGGCUGCUGAGCUGUCAGAAUUUCAACCAUCUGAAAGCUGGUUUGAAGGCCUUUUUCCAGGUGCAGGAUUGCAAAAAAACUUCAACUGAUAAUGUUGAUGGGCAAAAUAUUAGGCAUUACUACAUUGCAGCUGAAGAAAUCAUUUGGAAUUACGCCCCUUCUGGUAAAGACUUAGACACGCCUGGAAGCUCCUCGGAGGUAUUUUUCAAACAAGGAGCUGACAGAAUUGGAGGAAUUUAUAAAAAGCUGGUUUUCCGUGAGUACAGAGAUGCUGACUUCACCCGCCUCAAAGACAGACUCCCUGAAGAGGAACAUCUGGGCAUCCUAGGUCCCGUCAUUAAGACAGAAGUUGGAGAUACCAUCAAAGUUACUUUCUUUAAUAAGAGUCCCUUUCCCCUCAGCAUUCAACCAACUGGUGUGAGAUUCAACAAGCAUAAUGAAGGAUCCCGUUACAAUUCACUCCAUAGAGGCAUUGCUUCUACUCCUCCUCCUUCCUCACACGUGGCACCCAAAACAAAGUUUACCUAUGAAUGGACUGUCCCAGAUGGAGUGGGACCCACAUACAGUGAUCCCAACUGUUUAACCAAGAUGUACUACUCUGGGGUAAAUCCCAUUAAAGAUAUGUUUACUGGGCUUGUCGGUCCUCUCAUCAUAUGUAGAAAAGGAAGUUUGAAUUCUAAUGGUAGACAGACAGGUGUAGAUAAGGAGUUCUAUUUGUUCCCCUUAGUAUUCGAUGAGAAUGAAAGCCUGUACUUGGAUGAAAAUAUCAAAAUGUUUACAAAAGAACCUGACCGGGUGGAUAAAGAAGAUGCUGAUUUUCAAGAAUCCAAUAAGAUGCACUCUAUGAAUGGAUUCAUGUACUGGAAUCAGCCUGGCCUUCACAUGUGCCUAGGAGAUACGGUCUCAUGGCAUUUAUUCAGUGCUGGAAAUGAGGCUGAUAUACAUGGGAUAUACUUCACAGGAAACACAUUCCUCUCUAAAGGAGAACGGAAGGACACAGCAAACCUUUUCCCUCAGACGUCUCUUACACUCCUUAUGACACCUGACUCUGCAGGACUUUUUGAUGUUGAGUGCCUAACAACAGACCAUUACACAGGAGGCAUGAAACAGAAAUAUCAAGUAACGCAGUGUGAGAAGUCUACAGCUGACACAACACUCUAUCUACAUCAGAAAGUCUACUACAUUGCUGCUGAGGAGGUGGAAUGGGAUUAUUCCCCAAGCAGGCACUGGGAAGAAGGAUUGCAUAAUUUACAAGAACAGCACAAUGUUUCCAAUGCAUUUUUAGAUAAAGGAGAACUCUUCAUAGGUUCAAAGUACAAGAAAGCUGUGUAUCGUCAAUACACUGAUAGCACAUUCAGUACUCCAACAGAGAGAAAAGAAGAGGAGGAACAUUUGGGAAUUCUAGGUCCACAACUUUUUGGAUAUGUUGGUGGCAAAGUUAUAAUUGUCUUUAAAAAUAUGGCUUCAAGACCUUACUCAAUACAUGCCCAUGGGGUAAAAACCUCUAAUUCUGUGGUAGUUCCAACAAAACCAGGUGAGAUGCAAACUUAUACCUGGGAAAUCCCUCUAAGAUCUGGUGCUGGAAUAGAAGAUUCCCCUUGCAUUCCCUGGGCUUACUAUUCAACCGUAGAUCAAGUGAAGGAUCUCUACAGUGGAUUAAUUGGUCCUCUGAUUAUUUGCCGCCGACAUCAAAAACCUGUAUUUGGAGCCAUAAAGAAACUCCAGUUUUCUCUCCUAUUUUUAGUUUUUGAUGAAAAUGAAUCUUGGUAUUUAGAUGAAAAUAUCCAAAUUUACUCUGCUGACCCAGAAAAAGUAAACAAGGAAGAUGAAGAUUUUAUAGAAAGCAACAAAAUGCAUGCAAUUAAUGGACGAAUGUUUGGAAAUUUACAUGGCCUGACAAUGCAUACUGGAGAUGAAGUCAACUGGUAUCUCUUGGCCAUGGGAAAUGAAAUUGACCUGCAUAGUGUGCAUUUCCAUGGACACAGCUUUGAGUAUAAGCUUGGAGGAGUUUAUCGCUCAGAUGUCUUUGACCUCUUCCCUGGUACUUUCCAAACGAUAGAAAUGCGUCCAAAUGUGCCUGGAACUUGGCUGCUUCACUGUCAUGUGGCUGACCACAUUCAUGCUGGAAUGGAAACUACCUACACUGUCCUUAAAAAUGAAGGAUCGUCUCACACUCACAGGAGGAUAAAAGAUAUGAAAUAUCCACUUCUCAUACUCCUAACAGUCUUUUUCCAGCUAUCAAUCACAGCACGACCCUGAGAAUAAGAUACGCUAUACAUCACUUGAGCAAUCGGCCAUCCAACUGCACGUUACGCUCUGGACGACAGGCAUUACCAGCUACUUAAUUUUCUCUCUAUGGAUCGCCAGCUCUAUCUCUGAUCAACAUUUAUGGAUCGCAUCAUACCAAUGUGAAAUUUGAUUUAAUCAAGGCAAUGCCAUCUGCAAACAGGUAUCCAGAGGGCCUUUAAAUAUAUUGGGAAUUCUUCUUGCACUGGGACCCUGCACACUCCAGACAUCUUCACGUCACACCGCCAUGAUCCUCGCUCUGCCUACCAACUCCAAGCAUGCGACCACUCCAGCUCCUGCCAGGGACCCUGAUCUCCUGACUGAUGAGAUUUCUGACCCACCACCCUGCCCUACAGCCGUCUUCAGACCAUGCUGCUGCAUGCCCUUCCCGCCAACCCCAAACCUCUUUCCCCCUCUACUCUGGGGAAACAAUCCCAUCAUGCUUUACAACAGAGACGGAAGUGUUUAGAUUAUAAGCUCCUUGAAGGCAGGGGCUGUCUUUUGCCUCUUUUUGUAUCCUCGGCGCUUAGCACAGUGCCUGGCACACAGUAGGCACUUAAUAAAUGUUUACUGAAUUGAAAAAUAUUUGGACACUCCAAAUGUGGUGGUUUCGUAGUCCCUGGUGUUAAACCUAGAUCAUCCAUCCAGAAGAAUGCGAGCUCUUUGAGGGCAAGGUCCAUUUCUCAUUUUGUCCCCAGAACAGUGCUUUUAUACACAGUAGACAGUUAACAACGUGUGUCUGUGGAAUCAAAUCACAAGGACACCGAAUAAGUAAUCUGUUCCACUUUCCACCUACGCCUUGGGCUCCUGCCAGUGACAGAAGCCUUGGAUGGACUGAUGUUCUGACUUUUGUUCCUCCAAAUGAGGGAGAGUUUUGGCAACAACUCUUCAGUUGCUUAGAUGUGUGAAGCAUAGAACAGCAAAGUAACAAAAACAAAUUAUCAAAUUAGGAAGUGCAAGGUGAAAACUAAGACUACAUUCUCAGGCAGCAGGCCACGGCCAGAGAUUUUUGUCAAACAAAGUUAUUCACUAUGGAAUGUACCUUCAUAAGAAAAGAAAUGCUAUAAUUACCUGUAAUUUAGAAAGGUCUUCUGCAUAAUUUUGAUUAGGUAAGGAGUCUGAUGAGGUUAAGAAGGUAACCCAAGGAUAAAUUAAGCCAUAAUGACUACAGGAGUUUAUCUGAAAAGGAAAAUAAAUUUCCUAUUAAGACAGAAAAAAAAUAAACCACCUCACAAAAUGA